CACCUCGUUCACCGGACAUCAGGCCACAUCGACCCGUAAAUUCUUCUGGAAAGCUUCAACUUAUAUUAAGUUUGCCGUUAAUAUUAUCAACAUGUUCAAGGACUCGUGGGCGCACGAGGCAGAUAUGCAGGAGGCCAACUCUGCUUCUCAACAGUUUGAUCCCACAAAGAAGAUGACUCUGGUGAAUCGUCCAGGGAACAUCGCCAGAGAUGUAAACGGAAAUUUCGAGAGGGACAUGGGCGGACAAGAUCGAAAGUGGGAAGGAGACAAAGUUGACCUGGCUGAAGUGUCCCUGCUCAACAAAAUUAUCCGCCGCACUCUAGUAAGGAGUAGACAUGAGGUCGAGGUCCUGCAGCGGGACCCCACCUCUCCGCUGUUCUCCGUCAAGACCUUCGAGGAGCUGCGCCUGAAACCGGAGUUGUUGACGGGGGUCUAUGACAUGGGCUUCAACAGGCCUUCCAUGAUCCAGGAGAAGGCUCUACCUAUGAUGCUGGCACAGCCACAUCAGAAUCUGAUCGCCCAGUCACAGUCAGGCACAGGCAAAACUGCUGCUUUUUCUCUGGCCAUGCUCAGUCACGUGAACACUGCCAACAAGUGGACUCAGGCUCUUUGCAUCGCCCCCACAUACGAGCUUGCCCUGCAGAUCGGUCAGGUGAUGGAGCAGAUGGGCAAACACUGCCCCGACGUCAAGCUGGCAUACGGCAUCAGAGGCAACAAAGUGGAGCGAGGCAGGCAGUUGCAGGAACAGAUCGUCGUGGGAACACCGGGCACCAUCCUGGACUGGUGUAUUAAGUUUAAAGUCAUUCAGGCCAAAAAGAUAACCAUGUUUGUGCUGGAUGAGGCCGACGUCAUGAUCGACACUCAGGGUCAUCGUGACCAGAGCAUCCGCAUCCACAGGCAGCUAACAAAAGACUGCCAGAUGCUCCUCUUCUCUGCGACCUUUGAGGAGGAGGUAUGGAGGUUUGCGGAGAUGAUAGUUCCCGAGGCCAACAUCAUUCGACUGCGGCGGGAGGAGGAGACUCUGGACACCAUCAAGCAGUUUUAUGUCCUCUGCAGGAGCAAGGAGGACAAGUUCAACAUUCUGUGUGACCUCUAUGGGAGUAUGACUGUGGCACAGGCUAUGAUUUUCUGCCAUACUCGUAAGAUUGCAUCAUGGCUGUCUGCUAACCUGACCAAGGAGGGCCACAGUGUGGCGCUGCUGAGUGGGGAAUUAACUGUGACGCAGAGAGCUAGCAUCAUUGAACGCUUUCGAGAUGGCAAGGAGAAAGUACUUGUCACCACAAAUGUUUGUUCCAGGGGCAUCGAUGUUGAACAGGUAUCUCUGGUGGUAAACUUUGACCUCCCUGUGGACAUGGACGGCAAUGCCGAUAAUGAGACGUACCUUCACCGCAUUGGCCGUACAGGACGUUUUGGAAGGCGAGGCUUCGCUAUCAACAUGGUGGACAGCGAGCACGGAAUGGAUGUCAUCAGACAAAUUGAGAUCCAUUUCGACAGGAAAAUACCCAAACUUGACACACGGAAUGUUGAAGAAAUAGAAAAACAACUCAACUGAACUGUUGCUAAAACCCACACACUGUUCUCUCUUCCACAGGUUUAUUGUUUACAGGGUGAUGAGUAUGCAGGUUUUGUUUGAAAUGCACUUUUGAAGUAGUCUGAGAAGCAAACUGCUACGCCAGUUGAUCAAACAGAGUGUGCCUAAAUUUGUUCUUUUUUUGCAGUGUUUUGAUUUACUUUGUUGUUUGAGUGUUUGCGUGGAAAUUUAAUAUUGUAGUGUGUUGAUAAAUCUAUUUUGAUAAAUAUAUCAAACAUA